GCUCAUUUGCUCCCGGCUGAACCCCGCAUCCUCCGGGAUAAUGCAGCAGCAGAGAGGGCUUCCAUCCACCAGAGGAGGCGAGGUCCAACGGUAGAGAGAGAGAGACCGGAGGCCGGGGAGGAGACAUCGGCUGCUCCGUGCACACAGCGGAGUCUCCCAGCGGCUGAAGGCGCAGACAAUCCCCAGCAGAGAGCGCGAACCAGCCGCCAACAUGACCGCAGACGUGGCGGUGUCUCUGUCGGUGCUCGCGGGGAUUGUCGCAGUGAGCAACGCGACCCGCAGGUUGUUGACCAGGGCCCUCGCGGACACCGGGCUCUCUGUGUACGCGGUUGAACUCGUGUCCACCUUCCAGCUGUGCUGCUGCACGCACGAGCUAAAGCUGCUGUCUGAGGUGGGCGGGAUCGAGCGUGGACUGGCGCUCACCUUGACGUACCUGGCCGCCGUCAUCCACGGGCUCACCUUCAGCGGGGCCAUCGGCAACCCCUCCAGUGCGCUGGAGCACGCAUACCACGCGAGGCUCUCGGGCGGGUGCGCCCUGCGGCGGAUCGCGUGUCAGUUCGCUGCGGCCGCCGCUGCGCGAGCCGCGGUACCGGUGAUGUGGGGUAUCGGGUUGUCGGGACUGCACGUGCGGCAUAAGCUGCUCGGGUACCGGUGCAUCAGCGCCAUUCACGCGCCGCUGCCAAAGGCCGCCGCGGUGGAGCUCGCGUGCGCCUUUGCGGUUCAGACUGCUGUUACGCACACGCGCUCGGUGGAGGAGAAAUACCGGGUGCACGCGGUGGCUGCAGUCAUCGCAACAGUGGUCUAUGCAGGUGGCAGUGUGACAGGAGCAGUGUUUAACCCCGCGUUGGCCUUCUCCACACAGUUCCCCUGCAGUGGAAACUCCUUCCUGGAGUACUGCCUGGUCUACUGGCUGGGCCCGCUGCUCGGUGUGAUGAGCUCAGUGCUGCUGUUUGAUAAACUCGUCCCUCUGCUGUCGAGGAACUCACCUUCUCUCCAUCUUCCCCUGGAGACCAAGAAGAGGACAUGAGCAUCGCCAGGCGGGCAGCAGUUCAAACACAGAGCACACGUCUUUCACAAGACUGUUAACCUGCUGCUGCAGUUAGGAUUUAGGACUGAUAUGCACUUUUUUAAUCCUAAAAGUUUUUUUUUUUAAUACAGUGGACUAUGAUUAUUCAGACAACAGGUCUUUUGGAUGAUUUCACAUCUAGAGCACAUCUUAGAAACUAAACAGAAAACUAAUUUAGUGAGAGAGAAAUUUAUGAGAGAGAACUCAUAAAUAGGGCAUCCGGAAAAUUUUAUGAGGUGGUUGGUCGAACACUAAAAAUCAUUGCUGUGCUUCCUUUCAGUUUACACUCAUCAGAUUUAAAGGUCCAGUGUGUAGGAUUUAGCUUGGGCAUCUAACGGUGUUAGUUGCAGGGUCGUAACUCCAUUGUGUCACCCUCCCCUUCCAAGAGCAAAGGAGAAGCUCCAGUGGCUGUGAAAGGUUUCCCUUCCACUAUGAACAACUACAUGGCCACGUGCCAGUAAUUUGGUUUCCCACUGCUAUAAGCCUCUUGUUUAUAUUUGUUUGAGCUCUGACACGGCAUGCCAGACUCCGUAGAAGAGGACCCGCUCCCUCUGUAGAUUAAAAACAGCUCAUUCUAAGCGUACAGAAAACACAAACGGUUGUUAUUUCUAUGUGAUUGUACCACUGAUUGAAAACAUACCUAUGAAUAUUAUAUUGUAGAGGGCCUCCUAAUUGUUUCACACUGGACCUUUUAAAACCUUUAGACACUUUGUUAAUGGACUUGCAUUUAUGUAGCACAGGUGUUUUACACUACAUGUCACAUCCACACACUGAUCAUCAGAAAGUAAGUGAUUCACAGCCUUCGGGGGCAAUUCAGGGUUCAGUACCAAAGGACACUUCAACAUGUGGACAGGGGGAAUUGAACCGCUAAUCCUCCAUUAGUGGAUGACUCGCUCUACAUCUGACCCACAGUCGGUGAAUUACCGCCCCAGAGCCAGUAUCACCACAACAACUGUUCUAACAUGACUGGAAAUGCUAAGUAUCUGUCACUGGAAUAUCAACGAUAUCAAUUAUAACUCACAGAAGAAACAGAAGAAGUUUUUUUCUUGUACUUGCAUGAAUUUUAGGCAGAUUACAGCAUGGGUAGAUCUACACAGCUAUAAACAUACACAACAUUUAUUCACUUGUUUUCUAGUGACGUCAAGCACAAGUAUUGUUGUAACAAUAACAUUGAACCAAGUGUUUUUUUUGUGUAAUAGUAAUAAUAAUGAAUCAUUGAUUAAUCAUUUGUAAUGGAAGGUUGAGAAUUUUAUG